GAAUUAAGGCAUCAUCUCGUAGGGACAAGUUGAAAAAGGAUCCACCUGUAUACAGCAAGUUGUUGUUGGAAGACUAUUUAUUUUUAUUACUAUAUAGAGCAAUAAGAAUGUCUAAGGUAAAAAAGUACGUGCCGUCAACGCCUGAAUUCGAAAAGACCAUUGGAAGAUACAAAGAGUUCGUUACCAACCUGGACGAUCCUAAUUCGGAGCCCAUACGUGUUUUCGAUCCUCUGUCGCAGAGUAUGCUGGAAGAGCUCGCCCUCAUCAGAGAUGUCAGUAAAUACUUGCAGAAGAAGAAGAUUGAAGACGUGAAUAAAGCUGCCCAAGCUGCUCAGCUAGAAGCAGAGGGAGCGAAGAAGAACGAAGAAGAAGCAGUGGAGCCCUCUGAAAAAAAUGAAGAUAAGAAAGACGAAUAGUUUUUUUUGUUAAAUUCCUAAUUAAAUAAAAAAUAUUUGCUGUC